AUGGCACGCGCAGGAAGUCUGCUCGAGAGACCGAUCUUUGGACAAGUAAUCAGCGACGGCGCUGAACGGACAGAGAUGCAUGGCCAUCUCCAGGCCCAGGUUACGGUAGCAAACAUCCCCUACACACAGCCGCACAUUAUGGCCAAUAACAACAACAUAGAUGGGCAGAAGCUCCCAGAGGGACUUGCGCUUAGGAGCGAGAGCUCGAGAUCGUGCUUCUUGCACGCCAACUUCCAAGGCGUGGAGACGGACGAAGACUUGAUGGUCAAGUUUCCGCUAUUUUUCGCCCUCUGGGCAAGCUUGAGAUUGUCCGUGUGGCCUGCGGCAGUCUCCACUCGGCCGCUGUCACUUCGACCGGAGACGUAUAUUCAUGGGGAUGCGACUACGAUGGAGCAUUAG